ACAUUUUUUCACUCAAGCAUAUUUUCAAAAAAUACAAACCUCAACUUUGUUGUGCUAAAAGAGAGAGACACAGAGGCGGUGAAAGAGAGAGAGAAAGUGGCAAAUGGAGUGAUGAAGGUAGAGGAUGAAGAAACCACGGAGUUGGAGGUCCAACUUCACAAGCGAUUCAAGCACGACCCAUCUCUACUGGCAGCAAUGGAAUCCAGCACAGAGCCUGUCACAGAGUCUGCAAUGGAGCCCGUCACAGUGUCUGCAAUGGAGUCCAGCACAGAGCCUGUCACAAAGUCUGCAAUGGAGCCCGUCACAAAACCACCAAUGACCAUUUGGAAGUCCAUACGGGAUCGGGUAUUGCGAAAAUCAGAUUUACCACUUGCUUCAGAGGAAGGGUAUGACAAUGUACAUAUCUUUUAUCCUGCCUGGACCAACAGUGACCGUCUUCUAAUAAAAAUUGGUCAGUCUGGACUUGAUCUAAAUGAGGUUGAUAGGGAGUUUGCUAAACUGGUGCCACCACCACCACCAGAGGAGAAAACCAACCUUGUUCUUAGGAUUUGCUUUUUUGACAAACGCCCGGAAAAAGGCUAUACCUUUGCUUGGGUUAGAGAUUUCUCAAGUCGUUGGAAUGCUGGAGAAGAAAGUUAUGAUUCUGGUGAUGAUGAUUUGAUUGAUGAUGAGGUUGAGGUUGAUAAGGGUGACGUUGAUGAGGUUGAUAAGGUUGAGGUUUAUGAGGUUGAGGUCGAUGAGUUUGAUGAGAUUGAGGUUGAUGAGGAUGAGGAUGAUGAUUUUCUGUAUGCACUUAAAUCUGAUAGUGAUGUUUUUGAGAGGGAAGAUUAUACUGUUGACAGAUAUUGCAACUUUCUCCGCACUUAUGAGGGACGUUUAGCAUUUCGCAUCAGAAAAGAGAUGUCGAUGCGAACAGAGUGUAGGUACGUUUAGCAGAAUCAAGUCCAGGAAGCAUUAGUGGAGAGCUCUUUUGAAGGCCAAAUUGCUAGGUUUACGACGGACAGAUCAUUGUCUUAGCUAACAGGAGUAUGGAGAUUUUAUGUAUUAAAUGGUAGCAGUGCGGAUGUUUAAUAUCUGAACUUAAAACAUAAUCUAUGCCUCCCUAAAUUUGUUUU